GUCAUAAUGCACCUUAAAUGAUCAUCCAGAUUUUGUUUAGUGCUUCGAAAGCAUCUUGAAAGGUAAACCUUAAAGGUUCAAUUUUUUAAAGGAUUGACUGAGUUCAUAUCCUUUUUUUUUUUUAUUCUUUGGCGAAAACUGGUAAUCCAAUGCACAAUGGAUUAGCAAUGGAUUUGAACCAAAUCCAGUUAGCUUUACGCUGUUGUGGGCAGCUUCAAGCUAUCAAACAUGCUAAAUCACUUCAUUCCCAUAUAAUAAAACUUGGUCUUUUCAAUCACGUUUUUCUCCUAAACAAUAUGAUCUCUGUCUACGCAAAAUCCUCCCAUUUUGACGAUGCACGAACCCUUUUCGACGAUAUGCCUCACAGGAACAUAAUUUCUUACACAACAAUGGUCUCUGCACUCACCAAUUCCGGGAGACCCCAAGAUGCUCUCACACUCUAUAACCACAUGCUGGAAUCUAAAACAGUGCAACCCAAUCAGUUCUUGUACUCAGCGGUUCUCAAGGCAUGUGGAGUCGCCGGUGAUGUUGAAUCGGGCAAGUUGGUUCACCGACGUGUAUAUCGGGCAAGGUUAGAGUGUGACACUGUUCUGAUGAAUGCCCUCUUGGACAUGUACGUCAAAUGUAGAAGCUUGGCUGAUGCAAAACGAGUUUUCUACGACAUGCCGUGUAAAAAUUCUACUUCAUGGAACACCCUCAUUCUCGGGCAUGCCAAGCAGGGUUCUGUGAAGGAUGCGUUGGAUCUGUUUGAUCAAAUGCCAGAACCAGACAUUGUGUCUUGGAACAGCAUCAUUGCUGGUCUUGCAGAUACUUCUAGCUUCCAUGCAUUACAAUUUGUUUCUAUGAUGCACAUGAAGGGCCUUAAACUUGAUGCAUUCACAUUUCCAUGUGCCCUCAAAGCGUGUAGUCUGCUUGGCAAGUUAACUGUGGGGAGACAGAUUCAUUGUUGUAUUAUCAAGUCAGGGUUUGAGUGUAGCUAUUACUGUACAUCAGCAUUGAUUGAUAUGUAUUCGAAUUGCAAGCUAUUGGAUGAAGCAAUGAAUAUAUUUCAUAAGAACUCUCCUCUUGCUGAAAGCUUGGCAGUGUGGAAUUCCAUGCUUUCAGGGUUUGUUGCCAAUGGAGAUUGGUGGAAGGCUCUCAGUAUGAUUGCUCAUAUGCAUCAUUCUGGUGCACAGUUUGAUCCCUAUACCUUUAGUGUUGCUUUAAAGGUCUGCAUCCACUUUGAAAACUUGAGGUUGACAUCUCAAGUGCAUGGAUUGGUCAUCACUAGUGGCUAUGAGUUAGACUAUGUUAUUGGAAGCAUUUUUAUUGAUCUAUAUGUAAAACAAGGCAAUAUUAACAAUGCAUUAAGAUUGUUUGAAAGGUUGCCAGAUAAAGAUGUUGUGGCUUGGUCUAGUUUGAUUGUUGGUUGUGCUAGAUUUGGUCUAGAUACAAUGGCUCUUUCCCUCUUCAUGGAUAUGGUUCAUUUGGAUCUUGAGAUUGAUCAUUUUGUCCUUUCAAUUAUUCUGAAAGUUUCUUCAAGUUUGGCAUUGCUUCCAAGUGGCAAGCAAGUUCAUUCUUUUUGUCUUAAGAAGGGAUAUGAAUCAGAGCGAGUUAUUACAACUGCUCUUACUGAUAUGUAUGCAAAAUGUGGUGAGAUUGAGGAUGCCUUAACUUUAUUUAAUUGUCUUUCCGAAGUAGAUACCUUGAGUUGGACUGGGAUUAUUGUGGGAUGUGCACAAAAUGGAAGAGCAGACAAGGCAAUUAGUCUUCUGCAUAAGAUGAUUGAAUCGGGUACAAAGCCAAAUGAAAUCACCAUUAUAGGUGUUCUUUCUGCAUGUAGACAUGCAGGCCUAGUAGAAGAGGCAUGGACUAUAUUUAAGUCUAUUGAAACAAAGCAUGGAUUGACACCAUGCCCUGAACAUUACAAUUGUAUGGUUGAUAUAUUAGCUCAAGCUGGACGUUUUAAAGAAGCAAUAAACUUGAUUAAUGACAUGCCGUUUAAGCCUGACAAAACCAUAUGGUGUUCCUUGCUUGGUGCCUGUGGAACUUACAAGAAUCGACAUCUUGCAAAAAUUGUUGCUGAGCAUCUUCUUGCUACCUCACCUGAAGAUGCUUCUGUGUAUAUAAUGCUAUCAAAUGUUUAUGCAUCACUUGGAAUGUGGGAUAAUUUAAGCAGAGUACGAGAAACUGUCCGAAAAGUAGGUAUAAAAGGGGCUGGAAAAAGCUGGAUUGAGAUCUUUAGUUGAGAAAGCUGGUUAUGUGAAUGGCUUGGUUCAACUAGCUUAAUCGCUCGUUCUAUAUUUCCAGACAACUCAAUGAUUGUUAGUUUGUACGGUGAAAGACAUUCUUUACGUUUUGUUGACUUCAAUUAGAAGGUAAAAGCACGGAAGUGUCUAAUUUUGGAUGGAAGAUACUAGAAAUACUACAACGAAGAAUACAAAUUAAGUAUAACGUGCGCAGCAGUUCAAUCCGAUAAGCCUUUGCAUGCUUGCUAUUGCCAUGAGGUUUCACACAUUCAAUGUUUUCCUUCCCCAACAAAGGUACAAACUAAAAAGGAACUCAAAUUUGGUUAAAAUCAGAGGUAUCAGAGUCAUCCAUGACACUUGAAUUAAGUCAUCAGGAUUCAGGUCUAAGCUCAUCUUUUAGCACGGUUUACCGGCUUGACAUGUUCAGCUUACGGUUGUCUUUCCGAACAGUAAGUUGAAGAUAUAUUUGGCUGGGAGUUGACUUAUCUUGAAUGAAUCGUUCUGUAAUUUGGAAAUGCCAUUGGGGGCCAACAUCAUCACUUUCUCAUUCUUCUUCUUUUUGUCUUUUCUCGUUCUGUCCUAUUGCUCGAGUGAGGACAGAUCGAGACACCACUAAGCAGCAGCAAUAAUAUGUUGGAGGUGGACAAGAACCUCUGAAGCUACGUCUUCCACUUUAUGGAUUAUAUGAUUAGAGGGAGGGUGAAUUCUAACUAUCUAGUCCGAGGGAAACAAAAGUAAAAUGCUGCUCAAAGUUUGAUGUGUAACAAUUUUGAAGCCGCUAAUUUUCGUAGUACUUACAUUACUUACGUUUUAUGUACUUGAAGGUCAUUCAUGUUCCAUGUUAUGUAUUAGGCUUGGCCCUGAUUGGAAAUAUGUCAUGGACCAAUUUGGUCUUUCCAAGCCUCCGUGAUGAGUCGAGGCUGCUUGGUAUGAGUUGCAAGUUUGAACAGAAGUUGGGGCAUCUAAAUUUGGAGAGCAGUGUUCUUGGGAAUCCAGUCAGCAACUGCAAUACAGUCCAAACCACAUGAACGACCCAUCAUCACCAGUGCCUAACACUAGGGACAUGGGUAGGUCCCAUUAGAAGAAGAGAAGAUUAAAUGGUGAACCCCACCUCCUCAUCAUCACUCACUGUAAGCUUCCUGCAUAAGGCCGAGUCAUUGCUGAGCAAAGUCUCUACUGCAUGCUAGUGGCAGUGAGUGACAUUGUGACAGUCUUACAUGGAUUUUAAUUUUUGAAGUCUUCUAUGGAAUUUAUUCUCGUGCCAUGUUCAUUUCUUUCUCAAUCAUCGCACCCACUUUUGUCUCCCGACUCUACUUUUUUCUGACUUCUUACUGCUAGCUUUUAUUUUUGUUUCGAUCUUAGCAAGGCAUGUCAAGUUCUGAUUCCUUCACUGUUCCCAAUAACCAGGAAACACUGCCAAAAUUACCGCGAAACUACCACGCCCAAAUGCUUUCCUGCCCACACUUUUCGCGCCAUAUUUGUUUGCUAUCAAAAAAAGCUGAGUUGUCGCUGGUCACUCUGCAGUAGUGAGUAAACCAAACUCAAUCAGACUUCUUUAGCCACAAGCAUUACAGGGACCAGGUGGGUACAUCAUAACGUGGCAGAUGAUAAUUGUCAAGGCUUAGUGCGCCAUAGAAAACAGUUUUUAGUGAUCUGUGUUAUAAUAUUCACAAUUAUCUUGACAUUGUGGUGAGGUGAUUGUUAAGCCC